AUGAGGACAAGGUCAUCUAAUAACGCGACGGCAAACGGUCGUCUGAUGUCCUUCGAUUGUCUGUCUGCCCUGAAAGCAUCACAUCGCUCCAAGCAUACAACAUCCGAACCUGGAGGAAUCAAGACCCUAUUCUCGGCAGUCAACCUGGAGGAUUCUUGGCGUCGGCCUACGGCGAUUCCCCCGCUCGCUACCAAUUCUUACUUUGUAGCCCACCAGCAGGGAGGCGGCGGCCCGGACAGCUUUGGGCACUGUUUGGUACUGAUUGGACCAAGUCUAAAGUCCGGGACCAGCGGCAUAUUGGCCCUGUCGCUUCCUAGCCACCCCCCAGAAGCUCUGCUGAUCAACGACGUCAGCUAG